CAUUUUGUUCCGUGUAAAAUUAUCGAGCUGCUGCGUCUUCUUGAUACUCUUUUCAUUUUAAACAUAUCAACUCCUGCUUGAAUUCCCAAGAGUCUGAAGCUUCUUUCCUCAAAAGUGUUCAUAUAAGUGGAGAGCACUACAGAUGGAGCAAAAUUCUUGCACACCAGACUUGUUAAAAGAGGGUGGCGAUGAAUUAUCUGAUAUCUCACUUCGGCCAUUGGAUCUCUCCGAUAUAGAUGAUUUCAUGGUUUGGGCCACUGAUGCGGAAGUUGCUCGUUUUUGCACUUGGGAACCUUACACUAACAAAGAAGAUGCCUUGAAUUACAUCAAAAAUUCUGUUCUGCCCCAUCCAUGGUUUAAGGCAGUAUGCCUUAACAACCGGCCUAUUGGUGCCGUUUCAGUGACCAAAAAUUCAGGCUGCGAUAUCUGUAGAGGCGAACUUGGCUAUGUUCUGGCUUCCCAGUAUUGGGGCAAAGGGUUUGCAACAAAGGCAGUGAAGUUGGUGGCUAAAACUAUAUUUAUCGAGUGGCCUCAUCUGGAAAGAUUAGAAGCUUUAGUAGAUGUACAAAAUGGAGGCUCCCAGAGGGUGCUAGAGAAGGCUGGAUUCGAGAGGGAAGGUGUCCUGAGAAGGUAUUAUAUGCUGAAGGGAAAAUCUCGAGACAUGGUGAUGUUUAGUCUUCUCUCUACUGAUCCUCAAAUUUGAUUGUUUUGUGAAUUAUUGUGUACUGGUUUCAUGAUAGUGUGUGGAAUGUUAAUUGUGAGUGAAAAAUGAUUCCAUCAGAGUGAGAAAGAUUGCUUGGAAAUGAAUAAAUUAUAGAGAUGUUUAAUUA